AGUCACAUUACAAAUAUUGUAACAAAACCUUAGUAAGCUUUUCUUUUUCUUCUUAUUCAUAAAGUUAAUAAAUAAUUAAGGUUAUUAUGGUUAGAGUAAUGGCUAGGAAACCAUUGAAUCAUCGGAUUUUAACGUGUGAUAUGCCGGAAUUAAUGGUGUUUUCCGGCGACUCCGCGAUAAAUAUUUCCGAUACGGUGUUCGGGUUUUUAGACGACGAGUCGCCGGAAAGUAUUGGUGUUGAUUUUUGUGUUGAAAAUGAAGAAGAUGAAGAUGAAGAAAAAGAAGGUUCUGAAAAUGUUGAAGAUAAUCAAUUUUGGGAAACUCAACAUCAGCUUUUACAAGGUAUACUAUAUCGGACUACUACCUUAGAAUCACAAAUCCGAAGCAUUACAAAAGAGACAGUAAAAGAAGCAAAGCUGCAGUCCGAAAUUAAUGGCAUUUGCACUUGCCGGAAAACCGCCGACGACGGCUGCCGGAACUGCCUUAUGAAGGAGGUGUGUAGUCGUUUACAAACUGCUGGUUUUAACUCUGCAAUUUGCAAGUCCAAGUGGAGAAGCUCUACAGAUAUUCCUUCAGGUGAACAUACAUUUAUAGAUGUGAUCGAUUCUUCAAAUCCUAAAAAAGGAGAAGUAAGAGUUAUCAUCGAGUUAAAUUUUCGAGCUGAGUUUGAGAUGGCAAGAGCAUGUGAAGAAUACAACAGAUUAGUAAAAUGUUUGCCGGAAGUAUUCGUUGGAAAAAUUGAGAGAUUAUUAUCUUUGAUCAAGAUUUUAUGUGCAGCCGCGAAGAAAUGCAUGAAAGAGAAGAAAAUGCAUAUUGGACCAUGGCGAAAGCAAAAAUACAUGCAAGCUAAGUGGCUAAAAACACGAGAACGUAUGGCGGC